AUGACUUUGCAAUACUCAGCGAAGAGCCUGCCUAAGCAGAUAUUCAUCAACAAUGAGUAUGUCGACUCAAAGUCACCUAAGAAGCUCACACUGCACAACCCUAAGAACGGGGAGCUGCUCGCAGACGACUGCCCUCUGGCAGGUGAACAGGAUGUGGAUGCCGCAGUUGAUGCUGCGGAAAAGGCGUUCCCAGCAUGGAAGAAGAUGAGCGCGAACCAGCGCCGGGGCAUUCUGAACAAGUUUGCAGAUCUCAUUGAGAAGAAUGCAGAUGGUAUUGCACAAUUAUCACGAAUCUCACUGGGUGCUCCGGCGGCAUUUGGUGCUUUUGAGAUUGGACUUUGCGCUGAAGUCUUCAGAUACAAUGCUGGAUUCAUCGACAAGUUUGGCGGUGAGUCAUGGCCACAGGAAGAUGGUUUCCUCAAGAUCGUUCGCAACGAGCCCCUCGGUGUCACAGCCGGCAUCGUCCCCUGGAAUGGACCCAUCGGCACCAUCGGUCUUAAAGCCGCACCAGCUCUUGCAACAGGAAACUGCUUCAUUCUGAAGCCCUCGGAAAAGACACCCUUCUCAUCUCUAGCCCUCGGCACACUCAUCAAGGAAGCCGGUUUCCCACCUGGUGUCUUCCAAAUCCUCACUGGCGAUGGAAGUACCGGCGCCCUAAUCGCAAGCCACAUGCGCAUCCGCAAAGUAAGCUUCACCGGCUCCAUUGCGACCGGAAAAAAGAUCCAAGAAAUGGCUGCAAAGUCCAACCUCAAGCGCGUUACUCUCGAGCUAGGAGGCAAGUCCCCCGCUGUCGUCUUCGAUGAUUGCAACCUCGAUAACGCAGUGACAUGGACUGCCAAUGCCAUCACCGCAAACACAGGCCAAGUCUGCUUCGCAGCCAGCCGUGUCUACGUCCAAGAAGGCAUCUACGACGCCUUUAUCGAAAAGUACAAACAAGCCAUGAAGGACAAGACAAAGGAGAUUGGCGACCCGGAUGAGACAUCUACGAAUAUCGGGCCUUUGGUUGAUAAAGCGCAGUUUGAGCGCGUACAGGGUUUCAUCGAGCGCGGUCAGAACGGUCAAGGUACGCUUGCUGUAGGCGGCAAACGCAUCGGUACAUCUGGGUACUACCUCGAGCCCACCGUCUUCACCGAUGUGGAUCCCACAUCGGAGAUUCACUGCGAAGAGAUUUUCGGUCCUGUUUCUGUCGUCAAGUCUUUCAAGACUGAAGAGGAGAUUAUGGCGCUAGCUAACAACACAAACUUUGGGCUAAUGGCUGGUGUGUUUACGCAGGAUAUUAAUAAGGCGCUGAGGGUGGCGAGUGACUUUGAUAGCGGUAUGGUCGGUGUCAAUUGCGUGAGUUUGAUGUUCACUAUGACGCCGUUUGGAGGUAGCAAGGAGAGUGGGCUGGGGAGGGAGUGUGGAGUUCAUGCGCUGAGGGCGUUCACGGAGCCGAAGACUAUUAUGAUUAAUAUGAAUUACUGA